AUGAAGAUGAUAGAAGUCUUCAAACUGGCAGAAGACUUGGAGAAUGCAGAGAAUCUCCAGGCACUGUGCAGUCUCAUGCAAACCAUAUUAGUAAUGAUUCAUGAUCAUGGACUAUACGAGCAUAUCCUUGAUAACAGUGUAUUCUUUGGUGCUGUAGACAUCAUGAUUCAGAAGAAAAUCCACCACACCUACUGUCUACAGUUUCUUAAAGACGUCAUUCUUGUGUGUGUUCUCGACGACUCCACCUUCAAUGUCCUCAACUCCUGCAUUAUCUACAACCAAAUCAACAUAAUCAACCAUGUCCAGCAGGAUACCAUGUUUCUUUGCGAAAUAUUGUCACUAUAUGUGAACGAGGAGGUUUUGACGGGAGGGAAAGACAAGGAUGAGAAGCGCAAGGAUAUGGAUGUUGACGGCAAACCAAACGGCACCCGUGCAAAUGGCUCAACCCCAAGGCCUUUCUCAUUCUGCCCACCAGAUAAUCUCUUGGAGCAUGAGUUGACCCUCCGUAGAGAAGUAUUGGUGCUUAUACAGCAGCUUUGCAUCAUGGGUAAAAAUGUGCCGCUUGCUGCUCAUAUCUCUCUCUUUCUAUCCCUUGUCAAUCGGAGUAUCCUAUUCGCUGUCCGGUGGGCGUUCUCACUUUCAGAGAAUGACCCAGAAGUGAAAACAACAAUCAGCAUUGCGGGUGAAGUGAUGUCUGCACUGCUCAAUCACGAUUUAAAUGGUGUUCAAAAUCACAUCACCAAGCAAGCCUCAGCUAUUAAGAGGGAGAGUAAGGAGGAUUUGGCAUUGCAAUGUCAGGUUGGAGAUGCCCUGAAGACCAUGUUGGAUGUCUCUCCCAAGGAUGGUCCUGAAUUGACACCUCAGCUUCAGGCUGGUUUGAACAUCAAGCUACUUUGUCUGAAAGAUGACCCAGGAACUGAGAAAUUUCUUGAUUACUUCUACAAGAGAUGCAUAGAACUCCUAUUCAAACCAUUCCACAACAUCCCUGAUUUCAAGACCCAGACUGAGCCAGUGUUGAAGCUUUUGCGUGAGAAGACUAACCUUUACCUAUACUUAUCCAACUUACAUGGCUUCUGCAUUCAUUUUUCCAUGCUUUCCUCUAACAUCUCUGCUCGUAUGGCCUCAUUCCUCAAAGCCCAGGACAAGCACUUACGUCUCAGUACAUCUCAUUCAUAUCGUGUACUGCUUUUUGCUUUUUCCGAAUAUGCCUUCUUCAUUUUCUGUGCUAAUGUUAUGGAUUCACCAUACAGAUUGGCUUCUCCUGUGACAAUCGAUCCAGAGACAGGAAAGCCUUAUGGCCCAGAAUUCCCUCAGACAUCGAUACACGAUGACAUGCAACUGCAUAAGCUCAUUCUUGAUCAUCUUGGGAUUUCUAGUGUCGCUGUAGUCAUUGGAGGCUCCAUGGGCAGAAUGGCUGUACUCAAAUGGCCUCUGUGCACCCCUCCAGGUUAUGUCCGCCAUAUUAUUACUUUGGCUACAUCUGCACAACACUCUGCAUGGUGUAUCAGUUGGGGAGAGGCACAAGAACUUGUAGUCAUCCCAUCACCUGAUGGCCACGAUGGCUUCCUCCUCGAAUUCGAGCAAAUCAACAUGCAUAUUCUUAGGUUUCUUAGAAGGGAGUUUCCAGGUUUAUAUGAGAGAGGUGAGGAGGAUUUUUCCAAGGGGGACUUUGUAAUCAAGAAAACGAGCCUGUUUGGAGAAGCUGAGGUCAAUAUCACAAGGUGGUAG